AUGUUGGAUGAACUGCAGGAUUUGUUCUGUUUCGGCAAUAAACAGUGGGUCCCCGACUCGGUCCGAUGGUUGAUCAGCAAUGGGCAGGUGAAAAGGGCUCACUACUAUCUGAGCGUGUGUGCUAAAGUGAACCACAGAGAAGAGUUUAUGUCCGACCUAAAGCCAGAGGUUCUGGGCAAAGCAAUCAUUGUUGAAGAUGAAAACAGAAAAUACUCCUAUGUGGAUCUUGUAAGAACGCCAAGAUUGAGGAGACUGGCACUUUUCACCGGCAUUCUCUGGUUUGGACUGGCAUGCAGUUAUUAUGGGAUGAGUUUGAAUAUUGCAGGAUUUGGUGUCAACAUUUAUAUCACACAGUUUAUCUACAGUGCUAUCGAAAUUCCAGCUAAACUGAUUGUUUUUUUCACUGUGGAGAGAGCGGGCCGGAGGUUCUGUCAAUCAGGGAUGCUCUGUAUGACAGCGCUGUGUCUAUUCAUCAGCAUUCUCAUACCCAAAGAAAAGGCGAUUCUUCGAACUGCUGUAGGAGCACUGGGAAAAAUGUUCUCAGAAGGAGCAUUCACGUGUGUUUUUCUGUUCACAACUGAACUUUACCCCACUGUUCUGAGGCAGAACGGUCUGGGCUACAGCUCCUUCAUGGCUCGUAUCGGUGUUUCAAUAUCACCGAUGAUUUUGCUCCUGGAGGACUUCUGGGCACAUUUGCCGAACACUGUGUUCUGCAUUUUAGCCUUGGGGGCAGGCACUGUGGCUGCUUUUCUUCCUGAGACCAGAAACGCACGUCUCCCAGAAACUAUUGAGGAUGUGGAGCAAACCAGGUGA